AUGGAGAAAAUCAUCUACGACUCCCACUCUGAUCUCUUCGACAGCCAUGUCCACUUGCCUCCUCACCAUCUGAGGGAAGACGGACAAGUCAUUCCAGAGGUUCUCCCGUCCGAAAUACGACAUGCUAUCAUGUCGGUAAGAAAUCGUACGGCACCCGGCCCCGACAGAAUAAGACAAGAACAGCUGAAGAGCCUUCCGCUAGUACUCAUCAACACCCUGGCGAGGCUCUUUACACGUUAUCUGUCGGAAUGCAAGGUUCCUAAACAGUGGAAGACCAGCAAGACCGUGUUGUUGUAUAAAAAAGGAGAUCCACAUGACAUCGGCAACUAUCGUCCAAUCUGCCUACUGUCCGUCAUCUACAAGCUCUUUACAAAACUGAUCCUUAAUAGGAUUGAAAAAGUCUUGGAUGAAGGACAGCCAUGCGAACAAGCAGGGUUUCGAAAAGGAUUCAGCACGAUUGACCACAUUCACACUGUUUCGAAUCUCAUCGAGGUAUCGUGA